GAUGCUGAAGUGGUAACGACAGGCGCGCUCAUCUCGGUGGGACUGAAGACCGGAGACGGGGGGAGAAGAUCACCCGGUUUUGCGUCCGUCGGGAUAGCCUCAGACCGUGGGGAACGAUGCUCCUAAAGACUCUCUCCGCGGGCAGCAGGACUUAAAAAGCUGCGGUCCAUCCAUCUGGACACUUUUUACAUUUACUCUCGCCCCCUCCCCCCUCCCCUUCUGAUAAGGAAGAUAAGAACCGAGACAGGCAUCUUCCAGCUUACAUUCAUCUCUAUUUAACCCCAGUUUGACGACCGGUCGGGGUCUCGUUUCUACGCGAUGUUGAAGACCGGGGUCGUCCUCCUGAUGCUGCUGCUGCUCGGGGUGCUUUCAGCGUCCGGCGAACUCCAGCAAGAGACGGAGACGCGGAGACUCCCACCCCCGGGAAAGUUGGAUUUCGGUUAUGUGCCUGCGGGAGUUUACGAAACACUGGCCCAUUACGAACCGGGACCGAUAGGGAUUCUGUUCCACAUGGUGCACACUUUUCUGUACGUGGUGCAGCCCAACGCUUUCCCCCAAGAUCUUAUUGUCAGACUGGCAAAGGACAAGUUUGGAGCCAUUCAGACAGAAUAUCAAAAGGCCAUCUACUACGAGAUAGGCUUCCUUGUGUGUGCGGCGGUGGGCCUGCUGUUCACCGUUCUGAUGCCGAUAGUCGGACUCUUCUUCUGCAUGUGCCGCUGCUGUGACAACUGCGGCGGCGAGAUGCACCAGCGCCAGAGGAAGAACGCGGACUGCCGGCGUGGCCUGCUGGGAACGCUGCUCUUCUCCACCUCACUGGUCAUCACGAUCGGAGUGCUGUGUGCAUACGCUGCCAACCAGAACCUGAGCUCUCAGGUGAAGAACAUACGCAGACUGGUCAACAGCAACAUGAGGGACUUGCAUACCUUUGCUAAUGAUACACCAAUGCAAAUUGAUUACCUAAUAUCCCAAUAUGCCACAGCCAAGAAAAAAGUCAUCUAUGACCUAAAUAAUAUAGGUCCACUGCUGGGUGGAAGGAUACAUGAUCAGUUGGAUAAGGAAGUCCAUCCUGCCUUGGACAGAGUGCUCAAUAUGGCUGGAGCCAUGCGAGAAACCAAGGAGGCCCUGGAGAACGUCAGUGUGUCUCUGGAAGUCCUCCAGGAGGGAACAGGUAAACUCAACUUCAACCUGAGCCUGGUCCGGACCAACAUCAACCGCACCCUCAAUGACCCUGGCUGUCGUGACGAGGAGUCAGACGCCACCACUGCCCAGCUCUGCCGCAACAUCCGCCAGUCACUGUCCAAGCUGAAGAUCAGCGCCAACUUCACACGGCUACCCAGUGUAAAUGCUCCGCUGGAAAACGUGAACAAUGUAUUGAGGACGGACCUCAGCGCUAUCGUCCAGAGGGGCUAUUCCUCUUUGAAUGACACACCACAAAUGGUGAUUGAACAAACCAGAGGUGUUGUAGAGAGUGUACAGAAUUUGGUGGACGGCAUUGGCAAUAACAUCAGCAGCUUUUCCAAGGUGUUCCCAGUGCAGAGCUGCCUGUCCAACUUCACCAUCUUCAUUAGCCAUGCCCACGCUAAAAUUGAAGACCACUACCCUGAAAUUGACCAAAUGGACUUCUACAGGUGGAUUGGCUGUAUUUCCCUUUGCUGCAUGGUGGUCCUGGUCCUAGCCUUCAACUACCUGGGCCUCCUGUGUGGCACGCUGGGAUAUGACAAACACGCCUCGCCUACAACACGAGGCUGCAUCUCCAAUACGGGAGGAACGAUGCUCAUGGCCGGCGUCGGAUUUAGUUUCAUCUUCUCCUGGGUGCUGAUGGGAGUGGUGACCGUCAUAUUCCUGGCUGGAGGGAACAUGGAGAAACUUGUUUGUGAACCUUUCCACACCAAAGAGCUCUUCAAGGUUGUGGACACCCCAUAUCUGGUCAACCCAGAGUGGAAGAACUUCAUCCCUGGCUACAUGUACAACGACUCCGACCUGGACCUGACGGCAGAGAGCUUAUACAGUACUUGCAAAGAGAACAAAGGCAUCUACUUGGCCAUGCGUCUGGACAAAGUCUUCAACAUCUCCUCUUUCCUCAACACUACAGUGUUUACUAAGGAUGUGGUGAGUCAGCUGGACAGUGUUAAGAUCGACCUGAGAGGAAUAAUCCUGUUAGAGGCCGAGGGGAAGCAGAACCUCUUGGAUUUCUCCGAAGCAGGGCUGUCAGAAAUCAACUAUGCCGACUAUCUGGAAGAGGUGAAUAAAGGAGUGACUGUGGUGGACCUGCUCUCAUAUGCCAGGGAACUGGAGGCCCAGACAGACCUCAUGCCCAGGGGCCCUCUGCAGACCGCUCUAAAAGGCCACAUCGGCACUCUGCGACAGAUCCACAGUCAGCAGAUCACCCCCAUGGAGCAGGCCAUGAAAUAUGUUAGAGCGAGGAGUGCCUUGAACCAGAGUAUGAGGUUCCUGGAGAGAACAGCCUCAGAUCUGCCCAACAAAGUCUUAGCAGUUCUUGAGGCCAUUGAAGCUGCCCAGUAUCUCAUCUCCAAGAAUGCUACACAUUUAAUAAAUCGGGAAACAGGAAAAUACACAGCGACCAUAGUUGGCUACUUCCAUCAAUACAUAGAAUGGGUCAAAACCUCUCUGGCUAUGGAGGUUGCACCAUGCAAGCCCUUCAGUAACAUGGUGGACACGGCGGAAAUCAUAGCUUGCAGUUUCUUGGUCGACUCUAUGAACGUUUUCUGGAUGGGCCUGGGCUGCAGCACUCUCUUCCUGCUCCCGAGCAUCAUCCUGGCAGUGAAACUAGCCAAGUACUACCGCAGGAUGGACACAGAGGAUGUUUACGAUGACAUUGAGACAAUUCCCAUGAAAACUAUGGAAAUUGGUAAUAAUGGUUAUCAUAGUGAGCGUUCACAAGGUAUCCCAAAUCCUAUGAUGACAAGCAUCCCUACCUAUGACACUAUGAACAGGUUCCCGCGGGCCUCGGCUCCUCCGAGGCACAUCGACUGGUGACAGAGAGCCGGCUCUUGUUCUGGCUCCUGAAAGCCUGUUUUAGUCCUUUUCUGCUCACAGUGACUUUGCAGGAAAACCAUCAUGUGCCCUCGAAAACUGGAACUAAGAUACCGUAUGUUUCGCAAUCCUUUGGACCAGGCGAAGCUCAACAAAAGCUGGUUUCCUUAAAAAAGAAGAACACACGGAGCCCUGCAGGCUAUCAACAGUGAUCAACUUGAUGAGGCCAAUCACAGCCUACAGUAAGAGCUACCUGCUCUCCAACGUCCCCUGCCCUCUCCUCCAAACAACAAAAAACAAAAAACAAAACAAACUCUCUGCCUGCAGGACAUCAAACUCUUCUCCCUCAGCAUCAAUCUGAGCCAGGCUUGUUCUGCAUUUUUUCAAAGGACUGCUGUGUCUGCGUUUACAUUUGUUCAGACACAAAACCAAGCUGAAAAUACAUUCAGCAUGAGGACAUGACAAUAAAUAUGAUGCCUGUUCAUUUCAAUGUACUUGUUUGUGCUUAAGAAAACAGUGGCUGAAAGGUCACCCGAAGGUCAUGACAAGCUAGAGGAAAUGUUUGAGGUUUUUGUUUUUGCUGCUGCACUUAAAAUGGAUGUAUCAAAUUCAACACAAGCAAACCUUAAAGGGAGGAUGAAUGGUACAAAAUAACAUAAAAUACAAUGUGUGCAAAAGGAGUGUUUUGUUGAAUAUGGCACAUCCUUUUUAACUGCAGCCUGUGUGAGUUGGUGGGUGUGUGGUACUUUAAUGACUGAGAAAUGGACGAUUUGAGCAAAGUGGUAAAAUUACAAAAACAGGUUGUUCCCGGGUGGAUUUUUUGGGGGGAUUAUUAUGGAGGAAAUUUAGCAUGACUUUAAAAAAAAUGUUUACAAUAUUACAAAAACAUCCAGUUUGACAUCUGUGCUGGUUUGCAAAUGACUGGUUGCCUUUCAGAAGUAUGUUUCACCCUGGCAUUUCGACAGAUUUGCUCCUACAAAAGGGAAAAUCCACCAUCAGAUGCUCUUACACUGUCAAAAAUCACCAAUCUGUGAUUGAAUUAUUUUGUAGUUUAGAGUUUAAAAUGUACUCUUUACUUCCAAACCAUUGCAUUAAAGCCACUCUUUAUUUUAUUAACUUCUAAAAGGAACAAUUUGUAUAAAAAUUCAGGCUUUUAAGAAAAAAUCAUUACUAUCUGUUGCAGAAAUAUCUGACCUCAACAACCUCAAACAACAAAACUUUUCAAUAAUUUAAGCUACACCACUAAAUAGUGUUUUUGUCACAGUGUAAGUUCUUUGGGUGGAUUUUUCCUUUAUUUCAAACAAUAAAUUCAGAGCAUAACAGGCUUAUAAGAUUGUUCCCUAGGUGAUGAAUUGAUUAACCAACCAAGCUAUCAUGUUGAGUUCACUAACAUUUUUACUGAGAUCUUCUUUGCUUUCAUAGUGGUGAUACUUUUAAAGUGGAGAAUUACUUUCUCAAGCCAAAUCCUUUUUUUUUAACUGUAGGUCUCAGGUCUUUAUAGAUCUAUCAGUUAUGUGCUUCUUUUGUUUCUGCUUUUUAAAACCCCACAGUAGCUAUGGAUACAUUUAAAAGUGUGGUACAAAUGAAUGUAUUCAAGAGCUAUUUUUUUAUUUCGUAUUGCUUGAUAUGGCUGUUGGCUGAGAAAUAUGCUGAAAUCUGUCUUUUUUUAAUGCAUUGGGCAAGCCAAUCCAGUUAUCCCAUCCAGCUCGCCUCCAUGUUUACAUGUUAGAUUUGCAGCUGCAGUCAGUGUAGUAUUGAUGGUAAAAAAAAAAAAAAAAAAUAGACAAUCCAUUCAUUAGACAAGUGAGCACUGUCAAUCAAAUAGAAGAAAAAUGCUUUAUGGUUCACAUGGCUGAUGGUGUUGAUGCACACUGUGAAAAAAUAAUGUCCAUCUUAACACUGAAAGUUUGGUUUUUAGAUGUCUUGAUGUUGUUUUUUAAAUACACCAAAAGUGCAACAGCAGAAUAACUUAGCGUAGCUACAACAUGUUAGAAAAAUUAGAUUUAACUUAAAUCCAGUUAAAACAACUGUUGGCAAGAUGAAAUAGUAACAUUCGAUUUUAAUCUUCUCUCUUCAUUUGUGCUAACACGAUCUUUGAUGCUAGUUACUUGAUCAGCUAAUGUUAGCAUCAACUGAUUAACACUGAAAACUAGUGGAAAAAAUUCACCUCUUGUACCUUAUUCCCAUUUUAUGGCCAUUUUAACUUACAUCACAUUGACAUUACAAACUAAAUGCUUUUUCAAAAGGGAAUAGCCCAUAGAUAUUUUUAGCUAAUGUUUUUGGCCACAAUCCAGGCUAGGUAGCUAGUUGCUACAGCUACUAAGCUAUCUAACUGUAUUCACAUUUUAUGACCAUUUGUAAAAUGCAUUACACUGACAUUAGGCUUACAGUUAGCAUAUCUAAUGAAUCCUAUAAAGCACAGGUUGAUAUUUUUAAGGUAUAUAACAUUUUUGGUCGUAUAAAGAUGCUAUCUGACUGCCCACAUUUUACGUAAGCCUAAAGUAGUACAUAUUACUACAUAAUCUGUAUGCAGUAUUUUAUAGAAAUUGUAUGUCUAUACAUAUACAGUAAAUGGGACUACCCACCAUCUGGUUUCUUAAUCUUAGAGCAAUGUAAGUUAAUUCAAAAUGGUCUCAAAUGGCAUUACAUUAACAUUUUUUACUUGUUUCAUUGCAGUACAAGGUUUCUUGUUAAGAUGGAUAUUUUUGAGGCAGCUGUGUGCACACUUUGACAGGACUAUCAUUGGUUUUCUUGUCUGCUAGAGUCUGGAUGUGACCCAUCUUGAGAGGAAAAGGGUAUGAUUUUACCAAGUGCUCAAACUAGAUAUCAUGUAUCCAAACCCCGGAUGGAUGCUGGCAGAACAGAUAUGGUGGUAACUGGUUUGAACUCUGGUGCUCCAAAGUUGGGCACUGAUGAAGCCACCGAAAAGGAGCUUUUUAUGUGGUGAUGAAAAAAAAAAAGAGUGUAUAAAUUGUGAAUAAACUUUGGACUUCA